UACAUCUCUUUUGUAAGUGCACUGCUGUGGAAGGAGGACGUGUGGCUGGUUGUAUUGGGUCAACUGUUGUCAGAGAGAAGCAUUUCAGACUGCUCUUGAUCUUGAGUACGGCUGAAGCCAUGGGACUCAUUCUACGUUCAGUGAUUCUAUGGCUGCUGCUUAUUGGAAAGCUUCAAGCAAAUGUGAAAUCAACAUAUCAGGGGUAUGAGCCAGGCAAUUGGGACACGAGCUACAAGCCACAGGCUCCCGGCUACCAGCCACAGCAGCAGCAACAGGUUCCCAGCUACCAGCCCAAGCAGCAGCAACAGGUUCCCAGCUACCAGCCCAAGCAGCAGCAACAGCAGCAUCAGGUUCCCAACUACCAGCCCAAGCAGCAGCAGCAACAGGUUCCCAACUACCAGCCCAAGCAGCAACAGCAGCAACAGGUUCCCAGCCACCAGCGCAAGCAGCAGCGGCAUCAACAGGUUCCCAGCUACCAUCCCAAGCAGCAGCAACAGGUUCCCAGCUACCAGCCCAAGCAGCAGGAACAGGUUCCCAACUACCAGCCCAAGCAGCAGCAACAGGUUCCCAGCUACCAGCCCAAGCAGCAACAGCAGCAACAGGUUCCCAGCUACCAGCCCAAGCAGCAACAACAGCAACAGGUUCCCAGCUACCAGCCCAAGCAGCAGCCUCAGGUUCCCAGAUACCAGCCAAAGCAGCAGCAACAGGUUCCCAGCUACAAGCCCAAGCAGCAGCAACAGGUUCCCAGAUACCAACCUAAGAAGCAGCCUCAAGCUCACUUUCAGCCAAGGUCUCAGAAGGCUCAGGUUCCCAGGUUCCAGCCCAAGCAGCAGCCUCGGCUUCAGGCUUACCAGCCUAAACCCCUGCCCCAGCUUCCAGUGCACAAACCCAGGCCUGGACCCCAGCUGCCGGUGCACAAACCCAGGCCUGGACCCCAGCUGCCGGUGCACAAACGCAGGCCUGGACCCCAGCUGCCUGUGUUCAAGCCCAAACCAGGACCCCAGCUGCCAGUGUCUAAGCCCAGGCCACGACCCCUGCAGCCAGUGUACCAGCCCAAGAAUUGAAUUAUGUCUCCAUUAUGACUGCAAAGCCACAGCUUGAGGGGCAUUGGAUGAUUCAACUGAUGAGCUCCGUGGAAGUAAAGCCCGCACCAUGGACAGCCUCUUGGGAAAUAAAAUGGAAUAAAUCUUAACUGUUUGAGUGAUCACAA